AUCAUGCCGGAUAUUACUACAUGUAUGGAGCGCUUCUGGAAAUACGUGUACUUCUAACCAUCAAGAUCUACCGGUUCGUGAUGUUAUAGUGGACGGUUCCUGACGUGGCUAGCGGUACCUGCUACUAGCUAUGUAGUGAAAGCCAAGUUUGUGGCUUGGUCGUCGUCUCCAAAACUUUUCCAUUUGGAUCCAAAUUGUGACGGGCCAAAAUUAGUUGCGCCUCAGGGCGGCCCUGUGAGGUUCCAAAUUUUGAAUGUGGCUAAGUAAGUAGUUGAUGCCGUUCUAAAUGCUUAAGUACCAUCUUUGCUCAUUUAAAUCCAAGCAAGUGGGCAAGGUUAGGCGGAUCGGCUCCCUUCGGAUCAGGCGCCAUGUUACCAAUUGGCGCUCUCUCAAAGAAUGCCAUCUGUUGAAUGCUCCAUCCAAUCCAUCACUCAUCUCCUCACUCUGUGAUUUGAAUGGUAAAGACAACACGAAACAGUAGAUAGAACACUAGCUAGUACUUUUUAAAACCUCAAGAUGGUCCGCUUUGGGCACCGCAACCACCAGUCUCUGGGAUUGGCAGCCAAGCCAGCUCCCUACAUGGAUGCUCCUGGGAACCUGUACACUUCCAAUCGCAAUAAGAGGAAGGAAGUCGAUGCCGAUGGCGAUCUCGAUGAACUGAUUGCCCAAGAAAUCCAGCGUUACGAGGAACUCUUUGAUGUUCCUCAUGGCAAUCGUCGCGUUCACAAUCCUGUUCCUGAUGACGAUACCUUGCAAGAUGGGUCCAUUUACACUUCUUCCCUUGCUCCAUCGCCAGCAUCCAACAAGGAUACAGAUGACGAAUCGUCGCGAUGGGGAUUGGACAAUCCACCUUGUUCGGUUCCUUCCAAAGUCGUGACUCAAACGUCUCUGCUCAACCCUCACGAGACUGCCGCUGCCAAGGCGUGUUCACGCAACACUCCUACCAAGGACUCAUCGACUAGUAGCAACAACAAGAAGACGUUUGUGCCACCUGUGCCCGUCCUUCCAGUCGAUCAACAACCACAACAGCAACCAAAAGAUCCACCUGGAAAGAAAAAGACACAAGGUUCCAGCAGUAACAAGGACAAGGACAACAGCAAAACCAAGAAUAAGGUCCCUUCCACACCGCCCUUGGCUUCCAAAAAGACCAAAAAGCCGUCCUUUCCUCGCCGUCUCUUGUUUGGAGGACCCAGCAACGCCCACAAGAACAACAGCAGCAACAAUGGUCCUCCCUUGCCAUCGACGCCUUCCACAUUGCCCACCCCUCGCACACAAGCGUCACCCAAGGGCAACGGCCCCAAAAUCAAGUUCUUUGCCCCCGGGAAAAAGUUCUUUCUUCACAAUGCUACCAAUCCGUCGUCAUCCAAUAAUAAUAAUAACAAUAACAAGGGCGGCGCCACACGGAUUUCGCAACCCCGUAAUCUCGUCAUGGCAGCGGCGUUUGUCCAUCCCAAGAGUGUCAAGAGGGCCGCGUCGCCGUCACCACCCGAGCUUACUCCAGCUGCGGCUCCACCCAAGUCGCCACCCUCCCCGCCACCACCCAUUGAUCACUGUGUCAUUCGCUGUGGCGAUGGUGCCUCGGUGAUUUCGACGCAAUCGUCCUUGACGGAAGCCCUCGAUGUGUGGUUGGUCCACAACACACCGCCCAAGAUUAUUGGUGGCAGUGGCAGUCAUCAUCACAGCCAUCAUCAUAAUCACCAUAAUCAAAAAAUCUCGCCACUCAUGCUGGAAGCCUACGAAGGACGGUUGAUCCCCUACACGGCCCAAGCAGGAGAGGAUGUGGUGGAUGAAGAAGCUUCAGCGGCAUCGCCGGGGGCGCUGCUCUUGACGGAAGAAGGACUGUACUUUCACAACCAUCACGGCAAGAGUCUCAGUCCGGUACGGAUUGUCCCGUCCUCGUCUGACUUGACGCCGGCCGAAGUCAUUCAAGACAAUUUGGUCGCCAUGGUCUGGGCUGAUAAGGAGCAACGCGAGUUGCUCAAAGAAAGCAAGCAAUUGGCGCAAGCCGAUGUGGUCCCGGAAGAUGCCGAUAUGAUGCAAGUGGUGAAAGUGUUGGGACUGGAAGAUCAUCAUCGUGAUCAUCCGGAUCAGCAUAAUCAAGAAGAACAGUCACCUCCACGAGUCGAUGCCAGUCUGAAUGUCAAGCGCAACUUGUUUGGUACCGUGACCAGGGACGAUGAACUGACGCAACUGGACGUGUCGCUGGCUCCACUGCAGCAUGUCAUGAGUGCUGCCGACGAGGAAGAGGAAGACGAUGCCGCGGACGAAGUGGUAGCCAUGGAUGACAAUAACAAUGACGAAGAUGAGCGAGUGGCGUUGGCGUUGCAACAUGUCGAGUAUCACCCGGAAAGCUUUCAACCCCCCAAGCCGUCCAAGUUCAAGCGAUUCUUGUCCAAGCUGGUGACCAACCCCAAGGUGAAGCAACUGCAGCAGGAAGCGCAAGUACAACGGUUGUUGGAACAAGAGCGAGCUCGAGCCAAGGAGGCUCAGUUGGAGCGACAACGAAUGGAACGGGAAGAAACCAAGCGCAUUCAGCAAAAAAGGCUGAAAGAGUUGGAACGACAGCGCAAGUUGGAACUUGGAAGUCAUGGAGAACCCCAGAGCCACACAAGUGACACUGGCGUUUCGACCAGCACAGGAAGUCUGGAUGUGGACCCUAUCAGGCCUCGAUCCUUUAGCCUCUUGUCGGGAGAGAUGAAGCCGGAUCCCCAACAAAACGGAUCUCAAUCGUCGUACACUGCGGAAAUCACAUCCUUUCCUACCGCCAACACAGCCCCAAGCUCCAGUCCGUCUCUGUUGGAGAGUCCCUGCAAGACAAUCCCUUCGGACGUGUCACCGGCCUAUUCCAGCCCAUUGGUGAACUUUCAGUUCCAUCGGAGGGAAGGUGUCAAGCUGUUCACCAUGGCCUAUGCAGUGGACACAUCGGAAAGGGAAGGAAUGAAAUGGAAAGAUGUGGUGAACCGAGCUUGGAAACAAGACAGAAAACUGGUCAAGUCGGGUGUCUUUUCGGGAAUUGAACUGGAAAGGAUUAUCAUGAUACGGCAUGGCCAGUUGGAGAUGCGAUUUGAACUGCCUUAUUGGGGUAAGCACGCAAGUAGAUCGUUGGGCCCCAAGACAUUGGAUCUGUUGCUAGAUGUGGUUGGACCCCAGCGACCAGUAAUGGUGGCGAUCACGAUUGAGGAACCACACUUGGCCGUUGGAGUGGAUGAAGAGGAAGCCAUGGCGGCUCUCUUUUGAACGCCAUAUGCUGGCACGGGUGGAUGGUUCCACAUCAGAUCCGAGUGAUCAAAGUAAGUAUUAAUAGGACAAGCAGCCCUGCUCAAUGAAUUGCAUAGUUUGAUGAAACAUGAACGAUUAGGAUGACCAUACGGUACGACCAUAGUGUGACUAUAAACUAGAAAGAAGAGUCGUACCGGUAUGACAGAGAGAGUGAUACAUUGGGUGUCAGCGGAGCAAUGUAGGAAAGUUCUGUACCGUACAUGUACCGGUAUCCUCAUGAAACGUAUUGUUGUGGAACAGAGCUCACAGUGCUCUGGGAACCUUAUUAGGUAGGUACGGCGUGAGCUUUCCUGCGGUCUUUUGAGGCUAAUCCAUGGAGUUGGGAAGUCUCUGUGGUGCUCCCUGCUCUGAUUCAGUUAGGAGAAGCAUUUGCCCCAGCCAGCUAGCUCCCUUUUCAAAAAGCUGAGUUCAUGAACAUCUUGGGAGCUAUAGCAUACAUGCUGCGGUGACUGGAAUGACCUCCCCAUUUCCGCUCUCUUUGGUUGCUCGUCUUCUCUCUGUUGUGCUUCCGAUUCAAACAUUUCCAGCUUUCUGAGCUCCGCCUCUCUAUUGUCCCCCCGGCUCCCCAUUUCAGCAUCCAUUUCCGUUCUCUUUGGUUGCUUGUCUUCUCUCUGUUGCGCUUCCAAUUCAAACUUUUCCAGCUUUCUGAGCUCCGCC